ACGAAUUUUAAUCAUAUUAAUAAAGAAAUUUUACUAGUCUUAGAAUACGCUGUAAAAAAAUGCUACUAAUACGCUAUAGAAGAAUUUUACUUCGAUUCCUUUUAAGAAGUGAAAUUCACGCGUGCAAAGCCGCGGACAAAAGCUAGUCUUAGAUAUAAUUUAGGUAUUCGAACAUGAAUGUGAUCAAAGGCGGACUUAUCGCAAAUACAAUUUCUUCCAGCCAAUCUUUGGGUGGAAAUUAGAAAGCAGUGAACCGAAAGUAGGUUUUGUGUUGAAAGUGCUAAAGUUUAGGACAUUUAUUUAUUGUUUUUUUUUUUUUUACAUUUCAUUUAUCUUAUAAUAUUUGUACGAUAAAACGAUAAUUUUGGCCUUAAAGUGUGAUUUCAGUAUAUCAUACAAAGUUCAAUUUUAACGCGCUAGUGUUGUUCGCCCCGGCGAGCCGCGUCCAACGACACCACUCCUGUCCCGAGUAUGUGGAUUUUUGCGCGAUGAAAAGUGGAGCGCUAUAAUAAUGCCGAGUAUAUAAUAAUCAAAGCACGUGUCUCUAACGAUAAGCAUACAUGUGUUGGGUGAUACUCCGAUUUGUUUAUUACAACGACGUCAUGGCUUUCGUAGUCACAAAAAAGCAGAUAUAAUAAAUAAGAAAAAUAUAUCAGAAGCCAGACUGAAAUUCUACAACUCGUUACCUCCACUAAAGUUUAGUGAAAACAGAACAUCAAAUAAAAGUGUGUAUGAGAAAUUUUCGAACAAAACAACAAGAAGAAGAUAUUUAUCUGGUCGAAGAUACCAAAUGAGUACCAUAUUUCAAAGUCUACUCACACCACACAAAGGGUUGCGAUCUUAUGAUUAUUUCGAAAAUAAACAGUCUAUUAGCGAAGAAGAACGUGUUGUAAAAUCAAGGACCAAUGUCCCGGCUCAUAAGAGGGGACGUCCCACACCAAGAAUGAUGCCAGCACAGGGAUCUACGGAUUACAACCGUAUGAUCCGAAGUGCGCCGACUCCACCGCCGACUACUGAAGGCUCGGAUCAUUGCGAGUAUUACGCUGUUUCCUGCAUGAGGGCAUACAACACUGGAGUGAUCUGCGGACGCACUGUGUACCUGACCUAUUACACAUUUACCAACUAUUGCAUGCUGGAUUAUACCAACUGUAUGGAAAGACAUGAAGUAUGGCAAAUAGCACAUUACGGGCCAUGUUUCAAUAUAUCCCUGAUUACAUUGGAGAAACACUUUCAUUACGAAUACACUGAUGAUUACUGGUUGGACGCUCACGUUGUAGACCCUACUGUCUAGUCUAGUCAUUCAAAAAAAUAUUUUUUUUACCUAAUUUUUUUCUUAAUACACACACACACACAGUGAAAAACCAUAAUAGUAACAAAUAUUAAAUUAUCUUUAAAAAUUAUGUUUUUUUCAUCAAUUUGUAAUGUAUAGAAGUUCCCUGUUCAUUAAAUUGAAUGAAAAUGAUGCAUUUAAAUUUUGAACAUUAUUACGUUUCGAGAAACAAAAUUAUUAAGUACUAGAUGUUGC